AUGCCCUCGACCCGCUUUUUCGGCCUUCGUGGCGACGCUCUCAAUGUUGCGACUAUCAUUGGCGUUCUCAUGCCUGCUAUCCUGUCGGUGGGAUACAACGCAACUUCUCUCGGAGGAGUCCUGAGCCUCAGAAGCUUUGAGGCUCAGUUCCGUGAGAUCGGUCUAGACGAUGCCUCGGACAAGGACCAUGCAGCCGCCAUUCAAGGCGCAGUGGUGGCCGUUUACCCCAUCGGAGGCUUCCUCGGCACGUUCAUCUGCAUUUGGCUUGGUGAUUUCCUAGGCCGGCGACGAACGAUCAUGUCCGGGGCCCUUGUCCAAAUCAUCGGAGCGGUGCUCAACGCGAGUGCUUUUUGCUUAGCCCAGCUUGUCGCCAGUCGACUUGUUUCAGGCCUCGGAACUGGUAUGUUGCUUGCCACUGUUCCUCUGUGGCAGUCGGAGAUCGCACCGGCCUCUAAGCGUGGAUCUCACGUGGCUACGAAGGGUAUCUUCAGUGGUCUUGGAUGCGCCAUCACCCUGUUCCUGGAAUAUGGCCUAUCUUUGAGGGACGGGAAAAUGGCAUGGCGCUUUCCUGCAGCCUUUACUGCCAUUUUCUCCCUUGCCGUACUCGGAUUCAUCAUCUUUCUCCCGGAUUCACCACGCUGGUUGAUUCAGCGUGGAAGAAUCACCGAGGCGCGCGACACUCUUGCUGCACUGGAAGAUCUGAGUCCAGAUGAUAAGGAAAUCGAUAACCGCAUCGAGGAUAUGCAGGCGUCUUUCAACCGGUCCGGGAACCAGAAAACGUUGGCGCAAUUGUUCACCAUGGGUCCGCAACGAACGUCUCACCGUGCCUUUCUCGCCAUGACGGUAAUGACUUUUCUUCAAUUGACGGGUGCUACCGUGACCCAAUUCUACACCACCGCGAUCUUUGAGAACAACCUUGGCUUGCAGGAGUCCACAUCGAGACUUCUCGCCGCAGUCUACCAGCUCAUGGGACCCGUCGGUGGCAUUCUCUGCGUGUUGACGAUCGAACGGCUGGGUCGCCGAGCGCUACUUAUGAGUAGCGCGGCUGGCAACGCCAUCUGCUUGGCCUUGAUCGCCGCUCUUGGCUCCAUGAACGGAAAUCCCAUGGCAGCUCAUGGAGCUGUGUUCUUCAUCUUCCUAUUCCACUUCAGCUACAUUAUUGGAUUUGGCAGUAUUCCGUAUCUCUAUGCCUCCGAAAUCGCGCCUAUGAACCUCAGAGCAACAAUCAGCAGCGUCAGCAUCAGUAUCUCGUGGGCAAUCAGUAUCCUGGUCGCGAAUGUCACCCCAAUCGCCUUCAACGAGAUGGGCCAGCGAUACUUCUUCUUCUUUGCGGGAUUCAAUAUCUUCAUGAUUCCGGCGGUCUUUUAUUUCUUCCCCGAAACGUCCGGACGUACCUUGGAGGAGAUUGACGAGAUUUUCACUUGUGCGCGGGGGCUCUUUGAUGCGGUCUCCAUCGCGAAGAAACUUCCGCCCCGAGUGCGGCUUGAGAUUCUUACGCCGGAGAAGGGAAUGCUGGUAAAAGAGAAGAGUCUUGAUAGUCCCCUGGAGAGUCCUAUUUGA